AUGUCCUCUGUCCUCAAGUCUUUGAUGAAACCGUUAGCUCCACCAAAUUCAGAGUCUCCGCCGCGUAGUAAAGUAACUUUCGUAGGUGUUGGAAUGGUCGGAAUGGCAGCAGCAUUCUCCACCAUGCAAGUAGCUGGAGAAAUCGCAUUGGUUGAUGUUCUGGCUGAUAAGGUUAACGGUGAGGUACUGGAUCUACAACAUGGCCAACAGUUUGUGAGCAGGUGCAAGGUUGAUGGAGGCACUGACUAUAAAUUCUCUAGAAAUUCAAAUAUUGUCGUUAUUAGUGCCGGUGCAAGACAAAAAGAAGGUGAAUCACGAUUGGACUUGGUUCAGCGUAAUGUGGACAUAUUCAAAGGGAUAAUCCCAAAUGUUGUCAAACACAGUCCGAACUGUAUUAUAGUUGUUGUGUCGAACCCUGUCGAUAUCUUGACAUACGUCGCUCGAAAAUUGAGUGGAUUUCCGGCUCACAGAGUAAUCGGAACUGGUACAAUGCUAGACUCGGCAAGAUUUCGUUUUCUGCUCGGUGAGAAAUUACAGGUGUCUGCUAAUUCUGUCCAUGGAUAUGUAAUUGGUGAACACGGGGACUCCAGUGUAGCUGUUUGGAGUAAUGUCAAUGUUGGCGGAGUUCGACUGUCUUCUCUGAAUCCGAAGAUAGGAUACGAAAAGGAUCCUGACGAUUUCGGAGAAAUACACAAGCAAGUUGUUCAGAGUGCCUACGACAUCAUCCGCCUGAAAGGUUAUACCUCGUGGGCAAUCGGGUUGACUUGUCGAUCACUAUGCAACGCUCUGUUAAAUAACCUUCAUACAGUUUAUCCACUCUCCGUUCCUGUCAAAGGAUAUUUGGGAAUCGAAGAAGAUGUUUACUUGAGUUUACCAUGCCUUGUUACUUCGGUUGGAAUCAGCCAUGUGAUUCUUCCGGAACUUAGUCCGGAUGAAUUAUGUAAACUAAAGAAGAGUGCAGCCACUCUAAAUGAAGUAAUAAAAGGAAUCAAGUGGUGAAACUAGAUGCAGCUGAGAUGGAAGUGCAGUGAUUUUUAUAAACUGCCAUUUAUUAGUCUCUUAAAUUCGGUUUUGGACGUCACCUGUUUUCAAAAUACACUAAGUGAAGUAAUAAUGGGUAUCGCGUGAUAAAAACAUACAAUAUCAUUUAUUAUUGUUAGAUGUUUCCAUAUUCAAAAGAAUAUCUCG